UCCGGUGGAGCCCGGCGGUCGCCCGCAGCCGUCAUGGCAGCUGACGAGAAGGACCCGUUGAGCUACUUCGCGGCCUACGGGAGCAGCAGCUCCGACUCCUCGAGCGAGGAGGACCAUAGCGAGCCAGAAGAGCCGAGUCGCAGAAAGGCCCCGGAUGCGGCGAAGGCGGCGGCGGGCGGCGGUGGGGAGCGGGCGGAGAAGCGGCUGCCCGGACCCGACGAGCUGUUCCGGAGCGUGACCCGCCCGGCCUUCCUCUACAACCCGCUCAACAAGCAGAUCGACUGGGACCGGCACGUCGUGAAGGCGCCCGAGGAGCCUCCAAAGGAAUUCAAAAUCUGGAAGUCCAACUAUGUGCCACCUCCUGAGAGCUACGCCAGUGAGAAGAAAGCCCCGCCCCCGGAGUUGGAUAUGGCAAUAAAAUGGUCGAACAUAUAUGAGGACAAUGGUGACGAUGCCCCCCAGAAUGCUAAGAAAGCCAGGCUUCUGCCCGAAGGGGAGGAGACAGUGGAAUCUGAUGAUGAAAAAGAUGAGCAUACAUCCAAAAAGCGCAAAGUAGACCCAGGAGAGCCAGCCAAGAGGAAGAAGUAGAGACCAGGACAGCAAGCCUGCGCCGCCGCGGACUGACUCCGUGUGACUGCCGUGGCGGAGCGUCUCCGUGGAAGUGUGCUAAUGAGCGAAUGAGUAUUCAUGCCCACGAACUUUCCACCAGAAGACCCUUUUUUUUUAUUUAAAACCUGUAUGUAUUUAUAGCUCACCUGGUGACCUGUGAUUGUGAAAUCGACAGUACUUAGAAUCAUUCUUGCUAUCACAGAAUUGGUGACAGGCUUUGGGAGUUUUGUCACAUAUUGACAAGCCAAUGUUCUAUGAACCUUUUAUAAAGGAAUAUAUUUUUAAAGUAAAUAUAUUAUACUGUGAACGUGUGGGUGCUUUUCAUCUGUGUUUGUACAGUGUAAAUAGAUGAUCAUGGAAAUAAAAUGACGUAUUCAGUA